GUGGAUUGACGUGGUAUCCAAGUAAUAGAUAAGGGGACAGUCCCAAAACCUCUUUUCACCCGCUGUCAGUGAGAAGGAUGCUGUUGUAUACAAUUCUAUGAUCUCUGGAUAUUCUCAAAAUUUGUACGGUGAAGAUGCACUGAAACUAUUUGUAGAAAUGAGGAAAAAGAAUCUGAGUCCUACUGAUCAUACUUUAUGUACAGUGUUAAAUGCUUGCAGCAUCCUUGCAUUGCUCUUCCAAGGAAGACAAAUACACUGUUGUUAUUAAAAUGGGUUCUGAAAGGAACGUGUUUGUGGCCAGUGCUUUGAUUGAUAUGUAUUCAAAGGUUGGCGAUAUUGAUGAGGCCCGAUGUGUGUUAGAUCAGACUUCUAGGAAGAAUAAUGUGUUGUGGACAUCGAUGAUCAUGGGCUAUGCACAAUGUGGGAGAGGUUCAGAAGCUUUGGAACUUUUUGAUUGUUUAUUGACCAAGAAAGAGUUAAGUCCUGAUAAUAUCUGCUUUACUGCUGUCUUAACAGCUUGUAAUCAUGCAGGAUUUCUUGACAAAGGGGUGGAAUACUUUAAUAAAAUGAGAACAAGUUUUGGCUUGUCUCCUGAUAUAGAUCAAUAUGCUUGCUUGAUUGAUCUUUAUGCUAGAAAUGGAAAUCUAAGAAAGGCAAGGGAUCUAAUGGAAGAAAUGCCUUAUGAUCCGAAUAAUGUUAUAUGGAGUUCCUUCUUGAGUUCUUGUAAGAUUUAUGGAGAUAUAGAACUUGGGAGGGAGGCUGCUGAUCAGCUCAUUAAGAUGGAACCGUGUAAUGCAGCACCAUAUUUAACACUAGCACAUAUCUAUGCCAGAAAAGGUUUAUGGAAUGAAGUAGCUGAAGUCAGAAGGCUUACGCAACAAAGGAGAAUAAGAACAUUUGUAGGAUGGAGUUGGGGUUAGAUAAGCAGAUUCAUGUCUUUGCAGUUGAUGAUGUAACUCAUCAACAAUCAAAUGAAAUUUACAUUAAGUUUGACAAGAUGUUUUAGAGAAUUUAGAAGCAUCAUCUUAUUUAACAAAGGAUAGCUACAUUUCAAGCAUAGAUUUACUUGCUUCAAAUAUGUAUAUCCCAAUUUACAAUGAAAGACUUGGAUACUUAUGAGCCGU